CUGGGACCGGUUCCGCGAGCGGUUCGGCGUGCAGGAAGUGGCCGAGUUCUUCAACAGCACAGAGGGCAUGUUCGCGCUGACGAACCACGACCGGGGGCCCUACCUGACGGGCGCCGUGGGCCAUCAUGGCUUGCUCCUGCGCACGCUGUUCCGCAAUACGUACGUGCCCGUCGCCAUCGACCCGGAGACGGGCGACAUCCGGCGCGACGCGAAGACGGGGUUCGCCAUCCGCGAGCCCUACGAGAAAGGAGGCGAGAUCCUCGUCGCGGUGCCCAGCACGGAUGCCUUCCAGGGGUACUGGCGCAACGCGCAGGCGACGGACAAGAAGUUUGUGCGCGACGUCUUCCGCAAGGGGGACCUGUUCUACCGCACGGGGGACGCGCUGCGCCGGACAUCGGACGGGCGGUGGUUCUUCCUCGACCGGCUGGGCGAUACCUUCCGGUGGAAGAGCGAGAAUGUGUCGACGGCGGAGGUGGCCGAGGUGCUGGGCAGGUAUCCGGGCAUCGCAGAGGCGAACGUGUACGGCGUGAAAGUGCCCAACCACGAAGGCCGCGCGGGCUGCGCUGCUAUCCAGCUCAGCAGCACGAAGGACGGCGAUGACGAGAAGACCUUCGACUUCGCGGCCUUCACACGCUACGUCCGCUCCAAACUCCCGCGCUACGCGGUGCCAGUCUUCCUGCGCAUCGUCCGCGCCUCCAGCCACAUACACAACAACAAGCAGAACAAGGUGCCGCUGCGUGAGGAGGGCGUGGACCCGAGUAAGCGUGGCACGAAAGCUGCUGGAGGGGAGAAUGAUCGUCUGCUGUAUCUGCCGCCGGGGGCGGAGUCGUAUGUGGAGUUUGGGCAGCGCGAGUGGGAGGAUCUCGUUGCUGAGAGGGCGAGGCUUUAG